AUGGCUGUGAGACAGGUAGGGCCCUUCCCAGAUCUACUCCCUGCUCUCAGUGGUGAGGACACAACCAAAAGUUUCUUCCAAGAGCUGGUGAACAUUCUCCUCAGCUAUGUCUGCAAGUCGUUCAGACGGAGCUCCAAAGUCCUGGACUUCCACCACCCUCACCAACUCAGAGAGGGCCUGGAGGGCUUCAGUCUGGAGCUCCCAGAGCAGCCCGAGAACCUGGAACAACUCCUGGUUGACUGCAGGGAUACCUUGAAGUAUGGAGUCAAAACAGGUCACCCACGCUUCUUCAAUCAGCUGUCAUCAGGGCUGGAUGUCAUCGGUCUGGCCGGGGAAUGGCUGACGUCUACCGCCAACACAAACAUGUUUACAUAUGAAGUGUCCCCAGUGUUCAUUCUGAUGGAGGAAGUUCUACUGAGGAAGAUGCAGAAGAUUGUGGGUUGGUCAGAGGAAGAGGGGGAUGGGGUUUUCUGUCCAGGUGGGACCAUGUCCAAUCUGUACAGUGUACUGCUGGCCAGAUACCACUUCUUCCCUGAAGUGAAGACCAAAGGGAUGAGAUAA